AUGAAGCUGCCAGAAUCUUCGCUUUCUUGGCUGCUGCCCUUCUGUGUUUAUAUCUCCGGUGCAGUCGCGGACAUUGGUCCCUAUUUCGGGUCAGCCAAGUAUGAUGCAGGAGAAUUUGGGAGAUGGCCACACCAAUCGUUUCGCUCCUCACCUAUCAUCGGGCCCGUAUUGAACAUUCAGCAGCAUGAUGCCGAAUGCGAGAAUGACGGAUUGCUCCUGCUAGGGCCCGGGGGUGAUGAGGUCUUCCAUUCCGGUCCCACGAUUAUCGAUCAACGAUAUCAACUGGUGUGGAAUGAACCCCUCUACGGCAAAUCGUGGGCAGUAGACGUCAAGUAUUUCAGAGGCGUACCUUACCUGACAUUCUGGGCGGACAAGCACGGUGGACAGAGCAACGCCGCUUGGUACAUGUUAAAUUCCUCAUACGAUGAGGUCUACACCAUUCACCCUGCCGGCGGCUGGAAGUCAGAUGACCAUGAAUUUGAUAUCACACGCGAUCAAACCGGCAUUGUCGCCAUUGAGAUGGAGGUUCCGUUCGACUUGUCCGCCGUUGGCGGUCCGCGCGAUGGAUGGAUCCUCGACAAUGGCUUUCAGGAGCUGGACAUCGAAACUGGAAAGGUGUUGUUUCAAUGGCGAGCAUCGGCACACUGGGAUUUGGCCGAGUCAUAUCAGAAUUUUACGGAGCACAAUGGGACUAGUCAAGAGGAGGCUUGGGAUUUCUUCCAUCAGAACAGCGUACAGAAAGACUCCCGAGGCAAUUAUCUCAUCUCAUCUCGCCAUAUGAGCACAAUUGCCUAUAUCGACGGGCAGACAGGGAGUGUUCUUUGGAAACUUGGUGGCAAACAGAACACGUUUUCGGAUUUAUCGGGACACGCGACGGAUUUCAAUGGUCAACAUCACGCCAGGUUCCUAGAGGACUGGGAAGACAGAAAGACAGCGACAAUCAGCUUAUUUGACAACGGAAGCGGCGGCCGAGCACAAACUCACCCGACCUCGGGCAAAAUCGUUAAAAUUGACGUUGAGAAAUGGACUGCACAACUCAAACAACAGUAUUCCAACCCUCAUCAUCGUGUUAAUAGCGUCAACAGAGGAUCGACGCAGGUACUUCCUAGUGGCAAUGUUCUCCUUGGAUAUGGCAGCGCGGCUGCAUGGUCCGAAUUUUCUGCAGACGGAGAUCUGCUAUGUGAUGUGCAUUUCGGGCCUCAGUCGCGAUUCAGCCAAGGCGAUGUUGUAUCUUACCGUGUUUUCAAACGCCAAUGGCUUGGCAGUCCGAGAGAGGGACCGUCUCUUUCGAUAGCGAAUGACAUUGUCUAUGUUAGUUGGAACGGGGCUACAGAGGUGACGGCAUGGGAGCUCCAAGGAUCCAAUUACGCUGGGACUUAUGAUGAUGCUGAUUUUUUUGCGCUCAAAAAAACCCAGAAGGCUGGGUUUGAGACCGAUAUCUUGCUGCCGAAAGAGAACAAAUACCAAUAUCUUCGAGUCGUUGGUCUAAAUCAACUGGGGAAGAAGAUAGGGUAUUCAAGCAUCAUUGACAGAUAUCCACCAACCCUUGUCGCUCAGUCAUAA